AGUAUCGUAUGGAAAGUUUGUUGACAUUCGCCAUUAUCAUUGUAUCCACCAAAUUAACUGUGCAAUGCCAAAAUUGCUAGUAGAAAUAUAAAUGUGCAGAUUGAUGCAGUUUAAAGUUUCAAUGAAUUAAACGAAGUAUUUUUAACUUGUGUUAUAAUAAAUCACAAAUCACUAUGAGUAGUGGAAGUCACCAAUAUUUACAAAACACAAGCCAAAAGCCUUGUGUACGUACAGGUGAUAUUGAGCAUUUAUCUCAACUGUCCGAGAAUUUGGCUGCCUUAUGUUUAACUCAGGAACAUUCUGAUGUUACUCUAGUAGUUGAGGGGCAGAAAUUAAAUGCUCAUAAGGUAAUUUUAGCUGCACGAAGUGACUAUUUCAGAGCUCUUCUAUAUGGAGGUAUGAAAGAGUCAACCCAGAAUGAGAUUCUAUUACCAGAUGCUCCAUUAAAGGCUUUUAAGGUUCUCCUUAAGUACAUUUACACAGGCCAUAUGUUCCUAACUACCUUAGAAGAAGAUGUCAUCCUAGAUACUUUAGGUUUGGCACACCAAUAUGGAUUUCAAGACUUAGAAACUGCCAUAUCAGAUAUUCUGAGGCAGUUGCUUGCUUUAAAUAACGUAUGUGCCAUUUUAGAUGCUGCUCAUCUGUAUGGGCUAGAUAACUUGGUCAAAGUGUGUCACAAUUUUUUAGACAUGCAUGCAUCAGAAAUCUUAACUCAGGAAUAUUUCAUACAGCUUUCACAGGCAUCUCUAGUAGAACUCCUUCAAAGAGACUCCUUUUUCGCUCCAGAAGUCGAAAUCUUCCGAGGCGUUUGCAACUGGUGUAAAGCAAACGAAGACAAGGAUGAUUUAGUCAUGAAAUGUGUCAGAUUGCCGUUAAUGAGCGUUGCCGAUCUUCUGUCGGUGGUUAGACCUGCCGAUUUGGUCAAGCCAGACGCUCUCUUAGACGCUAUUGCUGAGAGGACCAAUAUUAGAUUGAGCAGUUUACCGCACAGAGGACAGUUGGUUUACGAAAACGUAGCCUGUCCUAGACUCGGUUCAAAAGUAGUAUCUGGAGAACUGAUGGAGUAUUUGCUGGACAGUGAUCACUAUUCGUAUGAUAUGGAAAGAGGCUACACGAGACACGCUAUAAAUGGACCCGGCGAUCAUGGAAUCAUUGUCAAAUUGGGUCAGCCUUCCAUUAUAAACCACAUUAGGAUGUUGUUGUGGGACAGAGAUCUAAGGUCCUAUUCAUAUUACAUCGAGGUAUCCAUGGAACAAAAGGAUUGGGUCCGAGUGAUCGACUACAGUCAGUACAGCUGCCGCUCCUGGCAAAAUCUUUAUUUCGAAAACAGAGUCGUCCAAUAUAUCAGAAUAGUGGGCACACACAAUACUGUCAACAAAGUGUUCCAUCUGGUGUCUUUGGAAGCGAUGUUCAAAUUAAAACUUCCAAAGAUGGUGAACGACAUUAUUUGUCCGGAUUACAACGUGGCAACGCUGGACAAAAACGCUGUGGUCAUCGAGGGAGUCAGUCGUUCCAGGAAUACUCUUCUGAACGGAGAUACGAAACGUUACGACUGGGAUUCUGGAUAUACCUGUCAUCAGUUAGGAUCUGGAGCCAUUCUUAUCCAAUUGGGCCAGCCUUACAUCAUAUCAAGUCUUCGUCUCCUACUUUGGGACUGUGACGAUAGAAGCUACAGCUACUACAUCGAAUCAUCUAUAAACAUUUGGGAGUGGGAAAUGGUGGUCGAUAACACUAGAGAAAGUUGCAAAUCGUGGCAGGUUAUUCGCUUUUCACCAAGGCCGGUGGUAUUUAUCAGAAUCGUCGGUACUCACAAUACAGCAAACGAGGUAUUCCAUUGCGUUCAUUUCGAGUGUCCUUCGAUGGAAGACGUAGAACCGGCUACCACUCCGAAACAGAAGAGAUUGAAAGAGACGUGCGUUCAAGAAGCCGGAGCUCAAGCGCCCGAAACAGCUACGGAAGCCGAAGAAAUGCCCACGGAUGAUGUAGAAAACGUAUUGCAAUAAAAUUUACAAUAAUAGAAGUAAUUAGUAAAUAUGUAUAAAUUGAGGGUAGGAUUUUGGCUCUGCGUAGAGAGGGCCGUUAGUUAUGUUUCUUGUUAGGUUGUACUUUCAACAUCUUGGAAAUCAUCAGCAAGAGUUUUUUUCUUUAAUUUUGGUAUUAAUAUCAAAAGCUAUAUACAGUUAAGUGCACAAAAGUUAUUAAGUCAUAUUAGGUGAGUAAAAUAUAGGCAGUUUUCUUACGCACCAACAUUUACAAGUCCAAUGAGACAAUGAUUUCAACUUUAUUCUUUUUUUUGCGAAUGAAAGCGCCAAGGUCUUAUUUUUGAUUAUCAGUCGUCAUAUGCAAGCACUUGUCAGCAAAGUCUGUCCCUAAACAAUUCGUUUUUAGUAUAAUCAAAUAAUAUCAAUAUUUUGAAGUUAUAUUUGUCUCUAAAGAUAUUAAUUUAAAUUAUAUCUUCGGUAAAACAGUUUUUUUUAACGAUAUUUCAAAAGUCUUUGGGUAAUAAAGUGCUAAAGUCGUCCCAUUUUUAUAUAGCAGAUUUAAAACUAAAAAACCUUUUUUCAACUUAUUUUAUAAUAAUAUUAAAUCUCUAUCAAUCUUUUAAGCUUAUAAUGUUGUUCUGUGGAUAUUAUUUUCAGCAAAAUUUCGUUAAAACAGUUUUUUGACUUUAUUCAUUAAUUUUUUGCUAAAGAAAGUACAGCGAUUGAUUUAUGUUUAGCAGUCAUCACAUUUUAGCAUUCGUCCACAUAACUUUCUCUCAAAUAACUCUCUUCUUAUAAAUUUAAGUACAUAUCAACAUUUUAAGGUUAUGUUAGUCUUCUACGGAUAUUAAUUUAAUUUAAAACUAAAAAAAACUUUUUUCAACUUGAUUUUAUAAUAAUUUUAAAUCUGUAUCAAUCUUUUAAGGUGAUAUUGUGGUAAUUUAAUUUAAAACUAAAAAAACUUUUUUUUACUUGAUUUUAAAUCUGUAUCAAUAUUUUAGGGUUAUAUUUUGUUCUGUGAAUAUUAAAUUCAAGUUAAAUUUCAUUAAAACAGUUUUUUUAAUUUAUUCUAUAUAUUUUUUAAGUAUUGAAGUCGUUUUUGUUUCACAGCAAUCACAUUCUAGCAUUUAUCAACAGAAAUUGCUUCCAAUUACUCGUUUCUAAUAGGUUUAAGUAUAUAUCAAUAUUUUAGGGUUAUGUUAAUCUUCUAAGAGAUAUUAAUAUAAUCUUAGACGAUUUUUUCGACUUAAUUCUCUUUUAUUUUGCUAGUAAAUGUGCUAAAAUAAGGCCCAUUUGUUAAAUGUUUAUAGAUAUAACUAUGCUCGUCUUGGGUCCUUCCAAAACAUAUAAAUAUUUUGAGGUUAUGUCGGUAUAAUAAAGGUAUGAAUUUCGUCUUAAAAAAAAACAGUUUGGUUAACUGUUUUAUUAAAUUUUUUAAGAAAGAUGGUGCUAAAGUUGCUUUUUGUAGGGCAGCCUUCAUGUUUAAACAUUUAUCAACAUAAUGUACCCCUAAUUAAUCAAUUUUUAGUAAAUUCACAUUUAUAUCUACAUUUUAAUGUUGCUUUUUUAUUCAGUGGAUCUUAAUUUACAUUAAAACUUCAAUGAAACAGGUUUUUAAAUUUAUCAUUAAAUUUUUUGCGGAAUAAAGUACUCGAUUUUUGUAGUGCAGUUAUCAUAUUAUACUAUUUAUCAGUAUAAUUUGCCCAUAAACAACUUGUUUAUAAUAAAUUUAAAUAUACAUCAACCUUUUAAGGUUAUGUCAAUGUUCUGUGGAUAUUAAUUUAAUAUCAAACUAUUCUCAAGUAAAUCGUCUUUAGUCGUUUUAAAGAAAUGCAAAUAUAAUAGGUGAUGUUGGUGUAGCUUAUUAAAGUAAAACUAAAAAAUGAGUGUUUCACUACUUUAUUUAUCAAUUUUUGGUAAUAAAACUACUUAGUUUCCUGUUUGUAUAUUCCAAAAUACCGUUGGCAUGGGCGAAGGCAGCGGGGUGUCAGGGGGUUGUACAUGUAUAGUUCCUUGUUUUAUUUGGUUAAUAAUAUGUAUAGAUGCAAAUGCACUGCUCUGAAAAGAAAAUACACCCCUCUGACAAUAAUUCUGGCGGCGCCCAUGACCGUUAGUGUCGUUUAUUAAACUGAAACUUUUAAAAAUUGUGCAUUUUAUUUAAUAUCGUCGAUUGUUUUGUGCUCAAAGACAUAAAUUAACUAUGUUUUAUGUAUUUUGUAUCACACGGUAUAUAGAAUGUAUAGAGAAUCGUCGAUUUUAUUUCUAAGUUUACAAGUUAUUCUUCAGUUUUUCGUCAUUUUUUGGCUAUGUAUUUUACCUAGUCAUGUCCAAGUUGAAGUUGUUGCUACACUUUUCAGUCCUGCGUGUAUUUUAAUAUUCUAUCCAAUCUUUUGACUAUUUGUAUUAGUUCUGCCAGUGCAACAACCUGUACCAACCUCUCCUAAAUGAUAUUUAUGACAUGCUUCCUUACUGUGUCGAAAGCUACUCUUAAUCAACGAAAAUCAGACAUUUUUCUGUGAAAUAAACAACAAAUUUGAAAUGAAAGUGUCUUAUGGUGUUUAAUAUGUUUAUGGUCUUGUUUGGAAAUGUCUAUAUGGUGCCUCUUUUGUGACUUAUAACUUUUGUAGUCUCUUACGAAUAUUUUUAACAAAUUGAAGACAUUAAGUUGGAACAGUUGUAUUUUUAUUUAUUUUCAGGUAUUUAUUUAAAGUAAGUAUCGUUUUGUAAUAAAAAUAAAAACACAAGUCUCUCCUUAUUAAACAAUCACUGCAGCGUGGUUACUUUUAAAACCUAUAGCUCAUUUAUAUAACAUUUCAUCGCUUUUAAUGUUUUUUUCUGAUAAUUUCAUUGAUUUCAUGAUAAGUACCUGCAGUUUUCACGUUUUAAGCGCAAAAAAUCGAAUAAUAGUACGUGUUCGAUAAUCACUAUUAUUUUUGAACGCAGACACACCAAAUUUCGAACGUGGUGGUCAGUAUCCGACCCUCAAAACGGUACUUACUCUAAAAGUAUUCCAGUAAUAUAAUUUGUUAAAAAUAUACUAUUCAUUAAAUAAAACUUUAAAUUAUUGUUGUCACUAGUUGUUUGUCACGUUGACAGUUGUAGAGAUUCGUUUCUUGUUCGAGAACGAGAAACAUGUAACGGGAAAAUAUUCCCGUAUUAUUUGUAUAUUUUGUUACGUGUUGAAAUACUCGAAUCGAUCUUCUUAAAUUCCUUCUGUGAUAUACGAUUAAAGAUCCAAUAUCUAUUUUAAUAUUCAAAAAAACGUCAGAAUCUGUGGAUAGUUAUGCAAAAAUAUUCACAAUAACUGUGUGCAGAAUUACUGCAUUGCAAACUAUUAUAUUGCUUCAACUAAUAGUUUUCUGUCAUAAAGUAGACAGUUUUGACAGGUUGAUCAAAAUUUCAAGUUGUCAAUGUACUGACAGCUGUCAGUAAUAGAUAUUAUUAUGCUUUAAUUUUGAUAUAAAACAAGCUUUAAACAAAAGACAAAGAUAUAUCAAUGCAUAAACGACUAUAUAUUGUUAAACUGCAUAUAACAUUUAUUGUCUAUUAUAUUUAAUGUGAAUAAUCUACAAUUUUAAUUGGAAAUAAGAUUUUCAUCUCAGAAAUUGUUGUGUGUGGAAAUCAAAUAUAACGUAGGUUUUAUCAAUUAAAAUUGUGGUUUUCUCGGUUUAUUCCCAAUAAUACUAUAGAAAUGCCAUAAAAAAGUAGUGUCAGAAGUUUAUUAUCUUAGUAUAAUUAUUUAAAAUUUUUCUCAAAUAUUUUUGGAACUAUCCACUCACAAAAAUUAUCAAAACCCGACCAAUCGGUUGCUAAAAAUGUUAUAAAUUCGUGAACAAUCCAAUCUACUGUGGUAUUUUCCUGCUUUUUUUUAUUAUUAAAGAUGUUUCGGCUUUUGAUGCCUUAGCAAUACGUUGUAAUUUGUGAUUUGUUGUGACUCCGUUUGCAAAUGGCAAAAAUGGAAGUCAAAUUUCGUCGUAUAAUUAGUGGUUAGUAUAUACAUUUGUCGGGCCCUUUUUUUAAAUAAAGAUACAUUUAUUUUA